ACGUCCCGUUAUCGUCCCGUCAGACCGCUCAUUGCACCAGGAGCCGUUCAGCUGCCUCCGGACGUCUUCACCUCCUUUUGCCUUUUUUCCUCCUCCUUCAUCUAAUUCCUCCUCCUCGGAUGGGGUCGCCUCCAUUCCUCCACCGCCUGCACCGCCCGCCCGCCGCCCUCCGCCGGGACUGAAGCCGCUCGCAGUGAGUAGCAGGACGGUGUCCUCUCCGUCCUCUCCGUCCCUCCGGCCUCUGUCUCCUCCGUGACUCUCUGUUCUGAUGCGAUUCUUCAGACUCACAUUCAAGUGUUUCGUGGAUUGUUUUUGAAGGUCGUCGCCUGAGUGUCGGUGUCACAGCCGUUAUCUUUAUUUUCAACGUUUUAUUCUGUCAUUUCACCUGCGAGACGGGAGAGAAACCUUCGUCUCUACUGUAAGAACCUUUGACUUUUGUGUUUUUCUACUUUGAAUCUGAAGAAUCGAUCAAUAAAGCAUCAGACUCGGGCUCCACUCGAUAUUAUUCAUAUCACCAGUGCAGCAGAGACUCUGACCAAACUGAAUUUACAUUCAAACAGAAGAACUGAGUGAAAGGGAAGCAGGUUCUUCUCUGGUUUGAAACUGGGACUGAAAGAAGAAUCAAAGUGAUCCUUCACUGAAGAGACCAGCAGACAUCCACCAGGAUUAACAGCUGAGAGGAGCCGAGGUGUUUCUGUGGACUGCUCCUUUACUGACAGGACAGAACUUCAUAGGAGAUCAAGGGAAUCAAGUAUACACACAAACCCCCUGACACCUGGUUCCUCUCGGUUCCCUCCUGGUUUGUGGACUAGUUUGUGUCCUGGUCCCUGAGUAAGUCCUACCUGGUUCCUGCCUGGUUCCUAACUGGUUCCUGCUCUGAGGGAUGGAGAAGCAGACCCUUCCAGCCUCCUCCUGCUCCCUGGUUCUCCUGGAGGAGACCAAAAAGAGCCCCCUUCUUAUGUCCAAUGGUGGCGGUCACCCCCCUGUGGCAGCUGCUAACCUCAGCCUCGUGGAAGGUCCUGGAGAAGGUGGCGGUGGAGCUUGUGUUGGUCUGGACAAGAAAGGAGGCGUGGUCACGAGGCCUCAGCCGGGAUACCCUGAGCGUGAAACAUGGACGCGGCAGAUGGACUUCAUCAUGUCCUGCGUUGGAUUCGCUGUGGGACUCGGCAACGUGUGGAGGUUCCCCUACCUGUGCUACAAGAACGGAGGAGGCGUCUUCCUGAUCCCCUACAUGCUCAUCGUCUUUGUCGGUGGGAUCCCCAUCUUCUUCCUGGAGAUCGCUCUGGGACAGUUCAUGAAGGCCGGCAGCAUCAACGUGUGGAACAUCGCGCCGCUCUUUAAAGGUCUCGGGUACGCCUCCAUGGUGAUCGUGUUUUUCUGUAACACCUACUACAUCAUGGUGCUGACCUGGGGCUUCUACUACCUGAUCAAGUCUUUUAACUCCGUCCUCCCGUGGUCCACCUGUGACAACGUAUGGAACACGCCCAGCUGCAUCGAGGCCUUUCAUCAUCAGCAAUGCAGAAACAGCAGCCUGGCCAACAUCACCAUCGCCAACAACAUGACCUGUGACGACCUGGCCAACUCGAGGUCGCCCGUCAUCGAGUUCUGGGAGAACAAGGUGCUGAACAUCUCGCCGGGUCUGGAUGUUCCUGGGAGCUUCCACUGGGAGCUCAUGCUGUGUCUGAUGUUCGUCUGGGUUCUUGUUUACUUCUGCGUCUGGAAAGGAGUCAAAUCCACCGGGAAGAUUGUGUACGUCACAGCGACCUUCCCCUACGUGGUCCUCGUCAUCCUGCUGGUCAGAGGUGUCACUCUACCCGGAGCCUACGACGGCAUCAUGUACUACAUCAAACCUGAUUGGUCCAAACUGCGGGAGGCUCAGGUGUGGAUAGACGCCGGGACUCAGAUCUUCUUCUCCUACGCCAUCGGACUGGGAGCUCUGACAGCGCUGGGCAGCUACAACCGCUUCAACAACGACUGCUACAAAGACGCCUUCGUCUUGGCUCUGAUCAACAGUGGAACCAGUUUCUUUGCUGGUUUCGUCGUGUUUUCUAUUCUGGGCUUCAUGGCCAAUGAGCAGGGAGUCGACAUCUCACAGGUCGCUGAGUCAGGUCCAGGCCUGGCGUUCAUUGCGUAUCCGAAGGCCGUCAGUCUGAUGCCGGUGGCUCCGCUCUGGGCGGCGCUCUUCUUCUUCAUGCUGCUGCUGCUGGGGCUGGACAGUCAGUUCGUGGGCGUCGAGGGUUUCGUCACUGGGAUCCUGGAUCUGUUCCCCGGACACCACAACCAUAAAUACAAGAGGGAGAUCUCCGUGGCGAUAUGCUGUCUACUGUGCUUCAUCAUUGAUCUCUCCAUGGUGACGCAGGGAGGGAUGUACGUCUUCCAGUUGUUUGACUACUACUCGGCCAGUGGAAUGACUCUGUUGUGGCAAGCAUUCUGGGAAUGCAUAAUAGUUGCCUGGGUCUACGGUGCUGACCGCUUCAUGGACGAUGUGGCUCGUAUGAUUGGCUACCGUCCUUUCCCCUGGAUGAAGUGGUGCUGGUCCUUCAUCACUCCAUGUGUCUGCCUGGCCAUCUUCGUGUUCCACCUGUUCAACUACAAACCUCUGACCUACAACAACGUGUAUGUGUACCCGUGGUGGGGCGAGGUGAUUGGCUGGUGUAUGGCUUUGUCCUCCAUGCUCUGCAUCCCCGUCAGUGUCCUCUACAAACUGUUCAGAGCAAAGGGAACAUUCAAAGAGCGCUGGGCCCACCUGACCACUCCGGUGUGGGGGGGCCAUCACCUGGAGUACAUGGCCCCCGACGUCAGAGACCUGACGCUGAUCUCCCCCGGCACCGACGACAACAAGGUCAUCAUCUUUGAGAGCGUCAUGUAGUCUGGGCUCCACCAAUCACAGAGCUCCAUCUCCAUCCAUCCCACCGAGCACCUGGACCUCAGAGAUCAUCAGCUGAUCAGAGCUUCAUCUGCUUCUCGAUAGGAAAACAUCUGACCCUCAACCAGAAGGUCUCCUGACUGACGGCGUCGGGUCCAGCUUCUUCUGUCCUGGAUUAAUGGAUUCAAUGGAAGCUUGUGUUGAUGGGGUUGUGCAAACACACACCUACCUACCUGUUAGAGGGCCAUUACACACACCCACACACACACACACACACCUACCUGUUAGACAGCCAUUACACACAGACACACACUCUCUCACACACCUUUGACCUCUGUGUGUGUCGAGGCCAUUUGUUGAGACAGAAUUCUAGACAAACAGACUGAGCCCCAGAAAAAGAGCCGAGGUCGUUUGCGUCGUAACAGGAAUUCAAACGUUCGGUCCUUCAGUCACGUGAUGAAACCAUGAGAUGAGCUCACUUCCUGUUAAGGCUCAUUUAUUCUGACGUUAUGUCCGAUAAGAAAACCCCCCCCCACAGACUUCAAUGCAUCCUGUACGCUGCCAUGGUUUGUGAGCAGUACGUCCACUAGAGGGCAGCGCCAGAAGUUUUCUGAAAACAACACAAAGCAGUCGCAAUGUAAACGUCGACUCCAUUUCAACUUCUUCCUUGUGUGCUGUGGUCAUCUUGCUUUAACCAUUGGUUGCACUGCCCCCACUGAUUUCCUGUGGUACUGCUUCAUUUAGUCAGUUUGAUCCGUAAUGAAGGCACAGUUCAGACAGGAAGCUCCCUCGUUUCACUGUACUUAUCCAAAGUUGAGCAUAAAUGAGCCUUAAUAGGUCAAAUGAAAACUAAAGGUUUAACACUUCAAACAUUUAACAAGAAAACAUUCCUGUUACGGGGUAACCAUCGGUCCCUGAACUCACCACGCUGCCAGGAAGCUGAGCUCAAUGAGCCCCGAACGCAUCAUCAGACUGAUCCUGGAUCUGCUUUAGUCCUGAGUUUUACUUUGACCUUUAACCUUUGACGUCUUUAAGUCUGUCAGCACUUUAUUUGACACUUUGAUUGUUCUGAAUUCUGAGGUUCAGGGUUUCUGUUCUGUUCUCAAGUUCAAUACUGUGAAUCACCAGCUCCGACUACCGAUCCCAGAUCAGUCCUGACUGCUGGGCAGCGUGUGGCUCUUUGACCGUUGACCUCUGACCUGUCGCCCAGAGGCAGAUCCUGAGUCAGAGGGAAGGUUCCAGUGAGGAUUCAGUCGUUGUGUUUGCUCUGGGUCGUCGAGCUCGACCUUUUACUCUGAAGCUCAACAAACACAAAGUUAAAUUCAUCUCAAUUCAAACUCAACAUUGUUUUUAGAUCCGGAAACUUUCAACCAACAGAGAAAACAAAUCUAAUAAAUGAAAUAAUCAAUAAUCACUUCAUUGAGAGAAAAGGAUGAACAUUAGUUCAACUUCAUCGUUCUGAUUAUUUUCUCACAUUUUACAGAUCAAUGAUAUUUGAUCAACAGACGUCGAGUAAACUACAAAACAUCACAGACUGAAUCUCACUGGAUCUGACCUUUGACUUGAAUACGCCCCCCCCCCCCCCCCGUCGACUGAAGUGCCAAACGAAACGAUUCGCGCUCGACGCUGCCAAUCAUCAGCCCGAUCACUCAUCUCUGCCUCGUCUCCUCAGUCUCGUGAACGCUAGGCUCCUCCCUCGUCACAAACGGAAGCCGACAGUAAACGUUGAUCUGAAAGUGUUCACGCAAACACUCAUCGUACUCAGGGGAGAUUCAGUCUCUCUCGCUGACACGUCGCUGGAAGAGAGAAACGUCAUCAUGGAAACUGGUCAAUUUACCUGAGCAGAUUUUUAAACAUCACUUUUCUCUCAUUACGAACACGUGAAAAGACAAAUUUGCUACAAUGUUUAAAAAUCGUUUUUAGCGUCUGUGGUUCUCUUCACUGGAGCGCGACUCUCGCGUUCACCCUCCGUCCAAUCAGCUGCUGGCGAGGGGAGAGGCGGGGCCUCAACGUGAUGCCGAGCGUUGCCUUACGUCGUUGUCUUAAAUCUCGAGCCGAACGCUUGACGAGCCAAACCCGGAGCCCUGCAGGACAUCCUGUGUACUGCAGGGCUCACAUCCGACCAAUCAGCAGUCUGCACGGGCGUGUCUACAACUCUGUCUCCUAGCAACCAGUCCCCUUCCACGUGUCACAGGGAACUGAACGAUCGGAAUCUAAGACGAAGUAAAACUACAUGCAACUGCACAUUGUUAUAAAAUAAUGUUGCCAGCACUUUUAAAUAGAUUUGUGUUAGAGAUUAUGUUUUGUUUUACAUAUUGUAAAAAAUAUCCGAGAUUUAUUUUGUGGAGGCUUUUAUUUUGCUGAUACAGAAAACUCUGACAAAUAUAUAUAUUGAAUAUCUGUGUGUGUAUCUAUAUUUGCUGCAGUAUGUAAAUGUGAUGACUGCGAAGAGGAUUUCUGAUUGUUCACGUUUAGCCAGCGAACACGAGCAGCGAGCCGACCGACCGGCUCCAGGCUACCUCACUCCUCAUCACACGAUCAGGAGGGAACCUGUUUUAGCUUUUUAGGAAAAUGUUUUGUCAGCAGGAGGCGACGGUGGAAAGUGUUUCUGGAAACGUUUCCCGCCUCGUCCUGUUUCCUGUUGCAGCUUGAAAGGUUCUCAAACAUCGAGGAAAAUGAAAUAAACUGAAAACCUGCAGGAAGCAAAAAAAAACUUCAGACAAAAUGAAAAGUGGAAGUUGAACGUGUCAUAUGUUUGUGCGUCUGUGGUGAUGACAACCACGCAUGUUGUCGCGGAGAGGCCUUGAAGUUGUGUCUCGCUGGCUGAGGUGAACAAGCAGCAAGGGGCGGGGCUUAUUUUUGGCGAGUUUGCUGCGAUGCAGUGAUGUUAAAGCUGUCGAGGCUUCGUGCUGAACACACAACGAAAGGGAAUUUCAUUUUCAUUUACUUUUCUGAUUUCUAAUUCUCAAAGUGCUUAAGUGUUUGAUGAGUUUUAGCUUUAGAGGAUUUUAGCAAUUUUUUUCUGUGUUUUAUUUUGUUGAAUAUCAGUAUUCCCCCCCCCCCCCCAAAAAAAAAACAAUAAUUCUGUCUGCUUUUCUAAUUUGAUCAAAAUGUAUUUGCACAUAUUUUACUUGACGACAAACAAAGAAUCUUUUAAGAUUAAAAAUAGAUUCAUAUUUGAGAAGUGCAGCUGCUGCUGGUUCACUAACAUCAACUACAUAUCCCAGCAUGCAGUGGGACUGAAGAACACCUGUACGAGUCCAACACUAAACCGUGGUUCUUUAAAGAAAACGAUGAUUCUUCACGAGAAAUUAAAUCAAACAAUCAUUUGAGGAUUAAAAACUUCUGUCAGUUUGAAUGAAAUCAUUUGAGACUCAGAGAACUGAAGAUGAACUUCAAGACAAGAAUCUGAUUUCAAACUAAAAGCAGAUUUAAAGAGACAGUAACAGAGAGUAUUCGAUGUUACAUGAUUAGAAAAGUUGUCGUAGUCGAGUCUGAAGUGCCACUAACGCCACUAAUGAAACUAACGUGAGGCAGUAUUUUAUAGAAACGUCUCAUUUUAAACUUUUAUUUUCAAAGUGAAGUUUUUUUUUAAUGGAGCCUCGGAGGGUUGGAGCCUGAAAAAGAUUCAAAUCUGCAAAUGAAAAUGUACAUUUACCAAAAUCUGGUGUUUUUUCAUGUCAUUUUAUCUUUGUGCUCUUCUGCCAAAAAAACGACAUCAUGUUAUGACGUGACUUUUGAAGAGAGACGGAGGACGGCAGCUGAGGUCAGAGGAAAUAAGACUAAAUCAUCAACCGCUGGUUUGAAUCCUCACGUUUACUGUGAGGAUUCUUUCAGGGUUUGAGGUUCAGCUGGAGACAGACUGAUGUCCUCAACACGACCCCUCUCUAGAACAUGAAACACGUCUGAAACACGUCUCAGUAUUUGUCUAUGAAUCUCUUUCAUUCUGCUGCUCCACUGAUUUUUCCCUUUUAAACGUUUUAUGUUUUUAUGGCUGAAAUGUAAAAUGAAUACAAAGAUCACGUCCUUCACCACAAAGCUUUUAUAGAGAGAAAAUAUGUUCCAUGUAUUUUCAGCCUGUUCUGUGGCGACAAGGAAGAUAUAAAAUACAAAAAUGGAUUUAUGCAGAUUUAAUCUACGUAUUGUUUUUCAAACUUUGCUGUGAUAUAAAAUAUUUUAAGUGAGAUAAAUGAGAUAUUUUGAUUUUAAUAUUUAUUAAAAAAGUAUAAAAACUAAUCGAAAGAAUCCAGUCACUACAUCUUUUCUUGAAGCUGUUUAUUUUCUAUGGUUUUAUUAUAAAGAUUUAUUCUAGUUAAAUGAUUAUUUUUUGCAAAUAUCAGAUUUUUAUCUAAAUAUUUUUACUUUGCUUUUGAAAUCUCAGACUUUUUUUUUUUACGAGGAUCCCUAAAACUUAGAGGAAAUAUGAAAUAUGAGUGAAGCCGUCAUCAGUCUGUCUCUAACACUGAGUGAUGUCACAGUGAUGUCAGCUGAUUGACAGGGGACUUAUGCUGUCUGAAAUGUUUCAGUUGCAGUACUAUACGUGGCCACUGGGCGGGGCUAGCUGAGGUAUCGAGCUCUUCUUACGUUCAUGGUGUGAACUGAACAAACUAUGCAAAGAGUCUCAGCUCUGAACUUUUCUGUGGUUUGGACGAACAGUCUGUCGGAAAAGACUCGAAACGAUGAUGAACCAACGAAAAACCUUCUGUCAAACAACGUGAAAAUGUGGGAGUUUGAUUCAUAAAACAAAACAAACGUUAAACAUGAUAAAUGAUUUGUGUUUCUCCCUCCAGACUUUCAAAGAAUAUUCAGAGAAGCCACGAUUAUUAUUAUUUACGAGCUCAGUUUUUUCUAACAUUCGGUCGAUUCUGACGCCAAAAGUUUUGGUAAGAGAAAAGUUAAUCAUAAAGAAUCAACUGAGUCAAAAGAAUCUGUUCUGUUCGUCCACCGCAGCUUGUGAUUAUCGAAAGCGUGUUUCCUUCAGCCGAGAGCAACACUGCCCCCUGCUGAGGGGGGGUGGAAAAAAAGAUUGUCAAUGAUUUUAGAGCCAGAACACUUUUAACUACACAUUUAAAAUCAACAGAAUAUUAAGGGGAACGUUCUUGUUUCACGGACACUUCACAUUAACUCUCUGGCUACACGAGUCACUGGUGCUGCCGUAAAACUACCAAAAUCUUUGCUCUUUAAACUAAAUAACCUUCUUACCUUUUACGUUGUUUUGAAAGCAGUGUGACCAGCAGGGGGCGCUGUCCUCUGGUGGGAGAUACCAUUUUGUUUGGGCUGGAAACAGAGAAAAUGUUACGUGUUUGAAUUCAAUGAAAUGUUAUAAAGUUAUUUGAACUGAAAGAAGAGGAUUAAAAAUGUGGUUGUGAUAAAAUGAAGGUGUUUGUUGUAACUGGAGUUUACAGAAUCUAAACACACUCAUGAGGUUUUAAAUAUUUAAUGUAAGAACAUCCGACACAGAGCUUUGAUCCUUAUGCUGCAUCUGAUGUAGAGUGCAACGUGGUCACUGGUUGUGUUGUCUAGAAAGAGUUGAGUCAAGAAUAAUCCUCCUUCUCUGGAGCACAAAGUCGAAACCAACAUUUUAAGAUUCAGUGUAAUUUGCACUUUGACAGAACGACAUCAUCUCCGAUGCCCACGAUGAAUAAAUCUCUGAAACGUUACGUAAAAACCAAACCAACAAAUCAUUCUAGAAUCAGAUGAAACAAGACUUUCUUCCUCCAGAGUCUUUUCUCAGUUCUGAGUACAAUCCUUGGAAAUCUUCAAUUGUUCUGAUUUGAAAACAUCUGCUGAAGCUCCUCCUCUUUUUCCCGCCCAAACUGAGCUACUUGCUGACCUCAUUCUUCCUAGCAUCGGCCAUUUUGUUUUAACUGUGUCUGUGACUUCCUGUAAAUCGCCGUCUUCCAUCCAGAACUGUAGAUUUCUAGAGUCGAUCGAGUGAAAAGGGUCUCGAGGAACGAACGGCUGUGUUCGAGUCUCUGGGCUCGACGUGAACGAGUCACCAGCCAAAACCUGUGAGCCCAGAUGGUGUCAGUUGUUCUGCAUUGACCUUUGACCCCUGUGAAGGUCUCCACGCUGUAUCCACUGUGAUCGUUGUGCUCGUCCACCACCGACUAAACCAACAGCAAUAAAACCAGCACCUUGGAAAACA